AAUCCCUCGAGUAGUCACAUUCCAAACGAUUUCACGAACCUACGCUAAUUACCUCUCACAACUUACUGAAAAUUACGACAAACCAUCCACUCAGACCUCCAUCAGCCCCUCGACCCCGAUUUGCUUGCGUCUCUUCCGAAGGAAAGAAAAGUACAGAAAGAACAUCUAAUCAAUAUGGAUUCUACCAAGAAAUCGUUCAAGGUCGGCAUCAUUUGCGGCAGCACGCGCUCUGUCCGCGUCGGCCCACAAGUCACAGCCUUCGUCCGCGACACCAUCAGUCAUCACCUCUCAUCCCAAGCCGGCAAAGGCACCAAGGCCCCUCCAGUAUCUCUGGAAAUUAUCGAUAUAGAAAACUUUAACCUCCCCCUCUUCGAUGAGAUAGUCAUCCCACAGGCCGUCACUGAACCCAGCGGGUACGCGCACGAGCACACGCGUGCCUGGUCAGCAUGCGUCUCUUCCUACCACGCCUUCGUCUUUGUCACGCCGCAGUACAACUGGGGGAUCCCAGCCAGCCUCAAGAAUGCAGUGGAUUAUCUGUACAAUGAAUGGAAGGGCAAGCCUGCCAUGGUUGUCUCAUAUGGUGGCCACGGAGGAGGUAGGGCAGCCGAGGCGUUGAGGACCGUCUGCCAGGGCCUGAAGAUGGGAGUUGUUGAGAAGACAGUGAAUAUGUCAUUCCCUGAUAGGGACUUUGGAGGAAAAUGUUAUGUUGGAGGGGAUUUGGGAUUGGCAGAGGAAGGGUCGAAGGUCUGGGAGAAAGAGAAGGAGGAUAUUCUGGCUGUCUGGGACGAAAUGGCCAACAAGCUGACGGGACUUGCUUGAGAACGACUUGUUGGGAGAUUUCGAUGCCGAUGUCAUCUUUGUUCUUGAUUUCCAAAAUCUUCCCUUUUCUGUUUUCACGUUUUCCUUUCACCCUUUCGUGCGCCUGAGAGGAGUCAGCUGAUCAUAUCGGCAUACAGAUUUAAAUCAUAAAUUGUGAGAA